GAGAGAGAGAGAGGCAUCCCAGUCCCUGUGACCCAACCCAAGCCUCAACGUCACAGCACAAACGAGACAAAACAAGCCACCGUCAGCCCAGGCUUAUACUCACACGCUCAUGCACACGCGUGCGGCAUGCAUGAACAUACACACACACACAAACACACGAACGCACCACGCACAUCACAGAAAAAGAGAGGAAACCCAUGCUCACAAGCGUGAGCUCUUGGAUCCUGCCCUCUCUCUACGUGCCCACACCGGGUCCUCACAGCCACCGUCCACCAGCGCAGAGUGUGCACGCUCUGUCACAGACAGCGCUGUCCUCGCCCAUCGCCCGGGAGCUCUGACUCCAGCAGAGCAGAGAAGAGACAGGAGGAGCCAGCUGGCCGGGGGAGGAGGGGAUGCCGUCCUCCUGAAUGGUGAUAAGAACAAAAGCGGCCGCGUGUAGCAGCCCCUGUUCCAUCACGUCCUCCGAGGAGACGCCACAUGGACUGAGAGAGCGACGGUCUUGCUUUCGGAGAGACCUGAGGGCGGCGCAUCCCCUCAGCGCAUCUGGCGGCCUGGGUUCAGUACUUGGACAGCUCCCCGGCUUCAGAGGCGUGUGUGUGCGCGCGUGUCUAGCACAGUGUUGAGAGUGAGGCAGGAGAAGCAAAAGGUAUUUCGGGCAGUGGAGGCAGCAGACCCACCCCCAGUGCCCUCUUUGUCUCCCCUUCUCUCUGAGCCACCCGGGGAGCUCCGAAACCAUGGCCAGCCUGCCGCAAGGGGAGAAGCAGCUCUUUGAAAAGUUCUGGAGGGGGACCUUUAAAGCCGUGGCUACUCCGAGACCUGAGAGUGUCAUUGUUGCCAGUAUCACUGCAAGAAGGACCGUGACCAACACUGAGACUUCAACCUGCCAGUCACACAAAGCUGAUGAAAGGCGGGAGGAGCCAGCAAACACGACAGUUGACACUGUGGAGAGAAAUGGAUGUAUCAAAGCCAGGGAACGCAAGCACGGCAGCCGUCGACGAAUGCGCAGCCUGUCUUUUGAUGUUGAUCUUGACUCCCGGCCUGCACCCAAGGGGAAGAAGAAAAAGAAGAAAUCGGAGAGAAAAAGAAGGAAAAGGUCUCCCUCGUACAGCCUCUCACCUGUAAGAAAGAAGAAGAAGAAGAAGAGCUCUAAGAAAAGAAAACGAAACAGGUCUGCAUCCAAAAAGAGAAGGCAUGGUUCUUCACUUCCAAAAAGCAAAAGAAAGGAUGACAGAAAACACAAGAAAAGGUCACGGAGUCGCCUACACAGGAGACGGCGCUAUCGGAGGUCAGAGUCAGAGAGUUCCGCUUGCCGCUCCUCCAGCACCGACAGCAGGCGUCUCUGCAGGUCUGCUGAGCACACUCAGUUGGAGAGUCCAGUCAGACAGCCCAGCCUCAGAGAGAAUGGCCAUUCAUCUGUGGACCAGAUGGGGUUCGAGUGGAGGCCGGUGAUCAAGUCAGCCUGCACAACUCCUCCAAGCUUCCGCUCCAUCCCUUCUGAUUGCAGCAUUGUGCAGUCAGGGUCUGGAGGUGACAUUUUUACCAAAAAGGGAUUCCCCCCUGACACUCUGUCCAGUCAGAACAAAGGACAACAGGAUUACGACUCCGGGAACGACACCUCCUCUCCACCUUCAAGCAAAACAAGCUUGUCGAGGUCAAAGGUCAACGAAGAUAAAAAAGGCCUGUGUCCAGUAGAGUUGCCAUCCCCAGAAAAACUGAAAUUCACAGACUGUGAUAAUGCCUCUGAUUCAGGAAAUUCAGUGACCAGUUACUCUUCUCUGGGUAAACCUCUGCCCUUGGAAAAUGGCUUAUCUACAACCCUUUAUAACAGGAACAGUCACAGUGAACCAACAACCACAAGCUGUGAGGCACUAGCAGGGAAACUGAAGCCUGGGAUCUCUCCUGGCCCGAACGCAGCACCCUCCAAUGGUCGCUCCAGAAUGUACUCGAGGAGCAGCAGCCGGAGUAGGAGCGGGUCCUCUCUAAGCUCCAGACGUUCACCACGCUACUCUCGCAGCCGAUCACUGUCCUCAAGGGAGAGGUCGUACUCCCGAUCGCCCAGUUAUCUGGCUAAGUCGAGGAGCAAGAGGAGUCUGGGGAGUGCAAGUUCCAGCCGGAGCAACAGUUAUUCCAGAUAUAGCCCAAACAGGUUUCGAGAGCAAGAGAGGGACCACAAGAAGCACAGUUCGUGUGAUAAAGAAUCAAAGCGUGGGAGGGAACGCCGUAGACGUAGAUCCUACUCUCCCAUGAGGAAAAGAAGAAGAGACUCCCCAAGCCACCUUGAGGCACGAAGAAUCACCAGACUGUACAUGCUGGGAAAGGGCGCGAGGAAGAGGCCCAUUCCCUAUUAUCGGCCCAGUCCCUCCUCCAGCAGUCGAUCCACUAGCUGCUCCUCCUGGUGCAGUAUCUUCACGCGCAGUCGCAGCCGGAGCCGGAGCCGGAGCCAGAGUUGGAGCCGGAGCAGAAGCCGAAGCCGGAACCGGAACCGGGAUCGGAGCCGGAGUCGGAGUCAGAGCCGGAGCCGGAGCCGGAGCUAUUCCACCUACAGAAGCUACAGCCGUAGCUCCUGGAGCUCACUCAGUGGGCACAGCCGGAGUCGAAGCAGGAGUCGCAGUCGCAGCUAUGACUCUGUGGGCAGCUACAGUCGGGCACGGCGUUAGGGCAUAGUCAGGCCAAGAUCACCCUGUGGAGGACAAGAGGGACCCCUCCAGGCCCCUGGUCCGAUGGAAUGGGGAUGGAUACCAGAUCAUGCGCUUACAUGACAGACAGCUAAAAUAGAAGAUAUUGGCAAUGUUUUCUAGAAUCUUGAGUUUCUUGUCAACAUUUUUCGUAUUAGGACAGUGGCAUCUGUGUCAAGCAAAUGACUGUAGAUGAAGAACCAGGAAUGUAUAAGUGUUUUUUUUUUCUCCCCUGCACUGUACUGUAGCUAUGUUGAGAGGAUGAAUGCAGACUAUUGCGGAGGUCUCUCCUGUGAUGUGGCUCAGAGAUAUUGAAGGUCUUCUCAUGAUCCCUGGAAACACUCUUUUCUUCUCUGGGGUGUUCUAACAAGUCAUGCCACCUUUUAUCCCAGUAGUUUUUCUCCAUUAUCGGGCCUUUAUCCUCCAUGGUCAUUGACAUUCCUAGAAUUUCAGUAAUGCUGUUUCAACAGUGACUGCUGGAAGUAGACUUCCAUAUGCUUUUUAAAGGUCACUUAGUCAGUCUCUGUAACGCUAUGAAUAAUUGACUUUUCAUCAUUUAAUACAAAUACCCUGUUUAUUGAUUUGUUCACACAAAGUGGCUGACUUUUGGCUGAUGAGCGUUCGAUAAACGUUUGGUACUUUGGUACAAUCAACCAGAUGCUUUCUCUAGGUUUUAUAUUAACCAUUCUCUGCACCAUUUAAUGUAAUUUCUUGAUUUGUCUAACAGCUUCUUUGAGCAUUUAGCUUCAUCCUCUACUUCACAAGGUCUGUGGCUGUUCAUAACUCCUUUAGAUACAAAGGCUGGGUUCCAUUUCAGUGAAUACCGAGGGAGAAGAGGGAAGCCAUGUGGUAAAAUGGCCAUUUUUUAAAGAGGAUACUGGAGCAUACAGCAUAUUCAGAGCAUGACCAUUAGGUAUGUUUUCCCAUUUGUUUUUUAUACAGUGUGAUUAUGAUACAUUGGAUUGUUGUGGCAAUAACUGUUUUGAAAUUGCUCCCUAUCUGAGGAAAGGAAGUUAGCACUGGGCAUUGUGUGGCUCAUUUUUAUUGUUUUUGAGGUUUUUCUGAGCAUGAUUUUAUGCAUCAUAUUAAUUAUUACUCAAGAAUCAUUGUAUCAUUACAACCACAGCCACAAUCUUGGCUUCAAAGGAAAUAUUUUUCUGUGGUGAAAUGUUCCUGCCCAUUACUUAUCCUCUAGUUGAUCCCUAUUGCUGUGCUGCCCCAUUCUCCUUUUUGUGCUGAGAGGCAAAGCUAAUUGUCUCCUGUGACAAAUAUCAAGGCAGCAAGGGGUUCCCGUGAGAGCUCCAGGCAAGAGCAGUAACACAGCUCUUUAAACUGGGGUAUAGGACAGACCAUGCAUCUAUGAGACUCUACUGUGGAUUCAGCUAGUGAGUCCCAUCACAUCAAACCCCACUGACCUAGAUAUGAAACACGAGGUCAGCCUUUGUUGUGAUUUUAUUAACCUACUUCCUCUCUGUUAUAUCUCUUUGAGGAACACCAUCAUCUCCAGCCAUUUGAAGCUGAGAAGUGAAUGGUUUUGACUUUGAAAUACUAGUAUGCUGUCUCCUUAUUUAUUACAAAAAUGAAGCCCUUUGCUUUUUUUCUCAGCACUUUUUUUGGAGGUUUGAAGUAUACUCCUCAUUAAGUUCAAAAUGAGCUGGUAUUUCAAAGGUACCAUGCACGUGUCUCAUAUGUGUUUACAUGGGCUAUCAUUUCCCUGUCUAGAUGAAUCCACUAAACAUAAAAUGAA